AUGGAGUGUGACAGCGCUCAUAGUAUGAUUGAAAGGAAACUUUACAACAAAGAUAUAUUUCUACCCUCUGAUUAUGUCAGAAUAACAACUGAAGCUAGAAAAUUUCCGAACACAUAUAAAGCAGUAUUACUAAAAUAUGACUAUUUUUAUGACUUUAAACCACUAAAAGAAUAUACUUCAAUUAGACCAGGUAUAAGUAAAGGUGAACCAGAAGUGAAAGAUAUUCGGGUAUUGUUGUAUGAUCCGGCAUCAUUUAAAAUUUAUUAUAAACUUUUGUUUAAUGAACCAUAUUGUGAAGUACCUAGAAAAAUCAUAAGAAAGAAAUUAAACCAAAAUUUAAGUAACAAUAUUGGAGGAGAAAUAUUUAAGUUUGAAAAAUUGAACAAAAGCCCUUUGCCUUUAACCAAAUCCAAAUGUAAUGAUUUACAAAAAUUGAAGAAAUUUAUGCCCACUGACACUCAUUCCUUUUAUGAUACUUUACCUAAUUUGAAUACUUUCAAAACCAAAGCUGUUAAAAUAUAA